AUGGUACCACCGGGUCUUCCACCGGAUGAUACGCUCGUGACUUGGUCUGGUCCAAUGUCGCCAUCGAACCCGAGAAAUUUUUCCACGGCUACAAAAUGGUACGCAUGCAUUCUCGUUUCAUGGUCAACAUUCUUGGCAAAUGCAGCAACAAACAUGAUUGCUCCUGCCUUGGGAUUGAUGAGUGUAACAUACAAGGAGUUGUACACCAUGUGGAUUCGAGGAUCGUUGAUUGGGAGUUACAUCUUUGCAUUCACCUUUGCGCCGUUGAUAUUCGGACCAAUGAGCGAAAUUAUGGGAAGAAAGCCAGUAUUGAUCAUUGGAACAGUGGUAUUCUUCGUUGCUUGUCUAUUGAGUGGCUUUGUUACAGCUGUUUGGCAAUUGAUGCUUCUUCGUUUCCUUUCCGCAUUGGGAGCAAGCGCACCGAUGUCAAUUGGAGGUGCAGUUCUCACCGAUAUGUUUGCGCCGGAUGAACGAGGAAGGGCAAUGACUUUGUUUGCUCUAGCACCACAGCUGGCACCGUCUUUAGGACCAAUUAUGGGAGGAUGGAUAGCACAAGAAGCAAAGGAGUGGCGUUGGAUCUUUUUCACUGCUGCAAUUUGUGGUUUCACAGCUGCCGCUCCAAUGUUUUUUGUCAGGGAAACUUACACUCCCGCCAUCCUGGCAAGGCGCGCGAAAAAAUUACGAAAGGAGACUGGAAAUACACAAUUGACAACAAUUUUCGAGCGUCGUCAAGAGACCAAGAAGCAAAUCAUCACAAGAGGUGUUGUAAGACCGUUGGUAUUGUUCACUUGUGAACCUAUAGUGCAGCUUUUGACGCUGUACGUGUCUCUCAUUUACGGUAUCAUUCAUUUGAUGGUUGCUACCUUUCCUGCAGUGUUUGGAACGAUUUAUGCUGAAUAUCCGGGUUGGGCAUCAAUGCAUUUUAUCACAAUAACAAUCGGAACAAUCGUAGGUGGAUUCCUUGGAGGGUAUUUGGUUGAAAAACAUUAUCACAAUCUUUCACUUAACAACCGUGGGAUCGCCAAGCCAGAAUUCAAGUUUUACUGCAUGUUAUAUACUGUUUGGAUUCCACCGUUUGGCUUGAUGGUAUACGGCCUGAUUACAUAUUACGGCAUUCAUUGGAUCUUUGCCGAUAUAGGGAUUGUGAUCUUCUGUGUCGGUAUCAGUAUAGCCGUGGUUGCCAUUCAAUCUUACAUGGUCGAUUGCUAUUCGCUUUUGGCCGGUUCAGCCUUGACGGCAACGAUCGUGGUCCGCUCAAUUUGCGGAACUGGCGCCACCAUAGGUUCGGAAGAUUUGUUGUUACAUGCUGGAAUGCUUUGGAGUAAUGUAAUUUUAAGUGCCGCAUGUAUCUUCAUCGGCGUCCCAGCAGCAUAUGCUGUUUACUUCUGGGGAGCUUCAAUGCGACAAAAGAGUCGUCAUGCAACACACAAACGAUAG